UGUUGCCGAGUUGAACGACCUGCAAAUGUACUAUUCACUGUCGGUCCUAAUUUUAAUCAGAAAAGAUUUUAAAUUACCAUGUAUUAGCCAAUCUAAUUAAUAUUGAUGAUCCGUGAGGUCUUUUUACUAGGAUACCUUCAUGUGCGAAGCAUGGGGCGUUUUUUCUAUGCUGUUGGAAGGGGUCGACAGACUGGAGUUUUUCCAACCUGGGAUGACUGUAAACUUCAAGUCACAGGGUUUUCUGGAGCCAGGUACAAGAAGUUUGGGACAGAGGAGGAGGCUUGGGACUUUGUGAAUGCAACAAGCUCUUGUGGCUCUGAACCUAAAUCAAAGGGUUAUCCUCAGCGGGGCAAGCAGGUAUCUUCGUCAUUUGUUCCUUCAUCGACCAGCAAGUCUUAUUCCACUCUUUCUGCGACGGCCCAAACACAGCAACGUCCCAAGGCGUAUUCCACCCGUACUCAUCUGAAACGUUUGUAUUCGGUAGACUCGCUAGAUCCAGCGCCACCAAAGAAGAGACGCACAGCAUCGGCUCCAACUUCCGGAGACUCUAGCGGUAAUCUGGUAGUGUAUACAGAUGGAGCAUGUACCCAUAAUGGACGUCAUGGAGCAAAGGCUGGUCUUGGGGUGUACUGGGGGGAUGAUCAUCCGCUCAAUCUCAGUGCUAGACUAGAAGGCAAACAGACCAAUCAGAGGGCAGAGCUUACGGCAGCAUUGAGGGCACUUGAACAAGUCAAUGAACACCAUCAAAGGAGGAAAGUGACAUUGUAUACCGACAGCAAAUAUACUAUCAACUGUGUCACAGAUUGGAUACACAGAUGGAAACGAAAUGGCUGGAAAACAGCACAGAAGACUGAUGUCCUAAAUAAAGAAGAUCUGAUCAAACUAGAUCAUCUUAACACAAAACUUGACAUCAAAUGGGAGUAUGUCCCUGGUCACAGGAACGUGUAUGGGAACGAGGAAGCAGACAAGCUGGCAAGAGAGGGCGCUACACAACCUUUACCUGGGAACCCUAGAUGAUCUCAUACAGCUCAACAAGUGACACGUUUGAUGCAGUGGAACCAUGGUAUUCAAGUGCAAAUUGAUUCACGUUGAUGUGCAGUGAUGAAUACUGUGGAGCUUCCCAUGAAAGGAAAAGUGUAUACCAUUGUCACUAAUGAUUGUCAGAUAAUGUCAUGUGUAAAGUGUGAUCUGGCAGAUUUUGAAGUCAAUUGUAAGAAAAAUCAAAGUUACACAUUUAAAGAUUUUAAUAACAUAAUGUUCAGCACUGCUCAUGCACAGGAAUCAACUUUCAUUUGGAUACUGAGGGAACCUGAACGAUUAUUUAUUUUGUAUAUGUGAUACUUUAUUGUCAUAUUAUUCUGUUGUCAGUCUGGGAAGACAAAAGAGAAAUAUUUUAUUUUCAUAGAAUACUUGGAAUUCAAAGUUUUAAUGAAGUUUGGAAUAGGUGCUUUCAUUAAUUCAUGACAGAAAAAAAGUGAAUUUAUGAAAGAGUUACUGGAAAGAUGGAUUAUUUAAAUGGUAAAAAUAUAGAGUAAGAAACCAGAGGUCAUCUUCAUGUUUCUUUAUGACAACUAUGGUAUGUGUUAGGGGAGAUUGGGGUUAGUUGAAACAUUGUAAUUUUCUUUAACGCCUGUAAAAUAAA